UCCACGUAACUUCAAAAUGUUUCACGUGUCGGUGUUUGCGAAAUGAAGUUCGUCGUUAUCCGAUUAACACGCUUGCAGAUGCGUUCUUUUUGUUGCAAAGUAAAUGAACAAAUUGUGAACAAAUAAUGUUUACAAUUACAUCAAAAUUAAUGUCCUAAACUUUACCAAGAAUUAUUAAAAAUCCCUGCGUAUUGCUUACGUAAUGUUGAUAUUGAGUAGUACCAUACAUAACCUCAACAUUAUGAUACUUACAAACAUCGCUAAACAAGUAGUGCGAACGAUGUCGACAUUUCGCUUGGCGUUGGUACAACUUGAAGUAAAUGAAGUAAAACGCAAAAAUGUAGAGCGGGCAGUUUCCUACAUUUCUAGCGCAAAAGAGCGCAAUGCUGAUAUUAUAGCUCUUCCUGAAUGCUUUAAUUCACCAUAUGGAAUACAGUACUUUCGAAAAUACGCCGAGAGUAUUCCUGAUGGUGAAACGAGCGUUGCUUUAUCGAAUGCAGCUAAAGAAAACAACAUCUAUGUAGUUGGUGGUACGAUGCCUGAAAUAGAGGGCGAUAAAUUGUACAAUACCUGUACUAUUUGGGGUCCCGAUGGAACUUUGAUAGCAAAACACCGAAAGGUACAUCUAUUCGACAUCGACAUUCCUAAUAAGAUUACUUUUCGAGAGAGUGAUUCACUCAGUCCUGGUAACUCCCUAACGACGUUCGAUGUGAAGGGCUGCAAAAUAGGUAUUGGCAUAUGCUAUGAUAUUAGAUUCGAGGAAAUGGCACGCAUUUAUCGGAACAAAGGUUGCCAAAUGCUGAUAUAUCCAGCGGCAUUCAAUAUGACCACUGGACCACUGCACUGGUCAUUACUUCAGCGUUCCAGAGCGAAUGAUAAUCAAUUAUACGUUGCUUGCAUAUCACCGGCUCGUGUUCCUUCAGCAAGUUACGUCGCAUGGGGGCAUACACAGUUGACCAAUCCCUGGGGAGAGAUUCUUUACGAUUUGGAAACUCAAGAGAAUAUGGCAGUCACCGAUAUCGAUCUAAAAGUUGUUGAGGAAGUAAGGGCUCAGAUACCUACAUUUUCUCAGAGACGUACAGAUUUGUACGACACUGUCUGUAAGAAGGAGUAACUCUACACUAAAACAGAAAAUGUUUUUUUAUAAUAUUUCUACUACAAUAUCCUUUUUUUGCGAAUUAUUACUAAUUUCUUAUCAUUUGUACUAAAUGAAUGACUCAAUUAAGAAAACCAAAACGUUAUAAAUAAUAAUCUGUAUAUCUUGUGUAUCAACAUGUAAUUGGAUAUUAUAAUAAUAUAGGAAUGCUAUAAUAAUAUAGGAUAAUAAUAUAGGAGAAUAGAAUAAUAAUAUAUAAUAAUAAUAUGCUUUUAAACACCUUUAA